UGUGGGAGAGGUUAGCAACAACUCCUCAUAGCUAAGCUAGCCAGCUAUACUUUGUCAUUAUGUUUCCCUCGAGUUCCAUCUAUAUAUCCUGUUGGCUGGUUUAGUCAUCUCCAUCAGCAAUCUUAGAGUUCAACAUCUCCUCUCCCUCUCAUAUCUUGAGAUCGAUCACUAGCAUCAAGUGCGGUCUCAGCCUCGAAAAUGAAGAGUGGAGACUCGACCACCAUCGAUGUCCCAGAGUCAGCUGCCCGCUCCACUUCCUCCAAAGGGAAAGCGCCAGCGGUGGUGGCUGCAGCACCUGUGCCUAGAGCUGCUGGGGGGAAGAGAGCACUCGCGAUAUUCGACUUGGUUCUCAGGAUAAGUGCUAUAGUGGCCGCUCUGGCGGCAGCGGCUGCCAUGGGAACCACUGAGGAGACCCUUCCUUUCUUCACCCAGUUCUUCCAAUUUCAAGCCGAAUAUGAUGACAUCCCGACCUUUCAGUUUUUCACGAUUGCAAUGGCCAUAGUGGGUGGCUACUUGGUCCUGUCACUCCCUUUCUCCAUAGUAUGCAUGGUUCGUCCUCGAGCAGUUGGGCCGAGGGUCGUCCUCCUCAUCUUGGACUUAAUGGCACUUACUCUGACCACAGCAGCCGGUGCGGCGGCAGCUGCCAUGUCCUACUUGGCUCACAACGGCAACCCGAACACGAACUGGUUGCCAAUCUGUCAGCAGUUUGGUGAUUUCUGCCAGAAGGCCACUGGAGCUGUGAUUGGGUCCUUAAUUGCAGGGGCCCUGCUAUCGAUGUUGGUGCUGAUAUCCGCGAUGGCUCUCCGAAGAGUCUGAUCGAGCAACUGGUGCUUGCUUAAUUAUGAGUUGCGUCGUCUCUGUAUCUCUGUUUGUAAUGCUAUAUGUGUCGUGUGUUAAUGUGUGUUUAAAGACAAUUAAGGCUGUGUAGCCUGUUUCAGGUUCUUGUAUAUGGAAGUGAUUGAAAAUGGAUACUCGAUGGGAAGAGAUAGUCAUCUCGCUAAUUGGUUGCAGUGGUAAUGCAUAUAUUCGACACAAAA